CGCUGUCACCAUUACUCCGCAUCCAGGCCUCCCGCGCCCCUCCUCCCCCUUGUGCGGCGCAGCCAAAGAAGCGUUGGCUGGAUUCCAGGGAGGCUCCGAUCCUGCAGCCACUUCAGUCACGUCUUCACCGCUGGCUCCAGGGCGGCCCUCGUGGCCGGGAUGCCACUGCGUGCCGUGCCAGUCGGCAGUGGACGGUGAGGCCCAGGAGGAAGGGGCCGAGUGCAGGCGUCUGAGGGGGGGCAGCCCGCACCAGGCCGGGGACAUGAACCUCUGCUGGCAUGAGAUCAAACGCAAGUCGCACAAUAUCCGUGUUCGAAUAGAGGCCAUCUCGGACAACAGUGGGAAGCUGCAGCUCUCCCUGCAGGAGAUCAUCGAAUGGCUGACAGCGAAGGACGAGGAGCUGUCGGAGCAGCUGCCCAUAGGAGGCGACGUGGGGGCCGUGCAGCACCAGAGGGAGUUCCACCAGGCGUUCAUGGAAGAUGUCAAGUCUCGAGGGCCGUUCAUCUACUCGGUCUUGGAGUCCGCCCAAUCCUUCCUGGCUCAGCAUCCUUUUCAGGAGCCGGAGGAGACCCUGGCAGAAGGCAAAGAGGUGUCACCCCGCCGACGGAUUCUGAAUGUGAGCCGCUCGGUGUGGAAGCAGGCCAAUGUGGCCAGCGACCUGUGGGAGAAGCUGACGGCACGUUGUGUCGACCGACACAGACACAUGGAGAGGACCUUAGAGCGUCUCCUCCAGAUUCAGGCGGUGAUGGAGGAGCUAGCGGUGGCCCUUGAGCAGGCCGAAGGGGUGAGAGACGCAUGGGAGCCCGUGGGAGACCUCUUCAUCGACUCCCUGCAAGACCACAUAGAUGCUACCAAGCUUUUCAAAGAAGAACUGACGCAGGUGAAGGAGGGAAUGAAGCACAUCAACGACCUGGCCCACCAACUGGCUAUUUCCGACGUUCAUUUGUCCAUGGAAAACGCUCGCGCCCUGGAGCACCUCAAUAACAGAUGGAAAUUGCUACAGGGUUCCAUUGAGGAGAGGCUAAAGCAACUCCAGGACGCACACCGAGACUUUGGCCCUGGGUCGCAGCACUUCCUUUCAAGUUCAGUGCAGAUACCAUGGGAGCGUGCCAUCUCCCCGAACAAAGUGCCAUAUUACAUCAACCAUCAGGCGCAGACCACAUGCUGGGACCACCCAAAGAUGACAGAACUGUACCAAGCGCUUGCGGAUUUAAACAACAUCAAGUUCUCAGCGUACAGAACAGCCAUGAAGCUGCGGCGGGUUCAGAAGGCUCUCAGAUUGGAUUUAGUGGCACUGAGCAACCUCUCCGAGGUGUUCCGGGAGCAGGAGCUUCAUCAGGCGGAGCACGUGAUGGAUGUGGUGGAGGUCAUCCACGGCCUGACGGCGCUCUACGAGAAGCUGGAGGAGGAGAGGACCGUCCAGGUCAACGUUCCGCUUUGCGUGGACAUGUGUCUCAAUUGGCUGCUCAACGUCUAUGACAGCGCUCGCAACGGCAAGAUGCGUGUGCUGAGCUUCAAGAUGGGCCUGGUGAGCUUGUGUAACGCCGACGUCCAGGAGAAAUACAAAUAUUUAUUCCGUCAAGUGUCCUGCAACGGAGGUUUGACAGACCAGCGUCACCUCAGCCUGCUUCUCCACGAGGCCAUCCAAAUUCCUCGCCAGCUGGGCGAAGUGGCCGCUUUUGGGGGCAGCAAUGUGGAGCCAAGCGUCCGCAGCUGCUUCCGCAUGGCCUCAGGAAAACCUGCCAUUGAGGUGGCUCACUUCCUGGAGUGGAUGAGCCUGGAGCCACAGUCGUUAGUUUGGCUACCCGUACUCCACCGGGUGACUGCGGCCGAGUCCACCAAGCACCAGGCCAAAUGUUACAUCUGCAAACAAUGUCCCAUCAAGGGUUUCAGAUAUCGCAGUUUAAAGCAGUUCAACGUGGACAUCUGCCAGACGUGUUUCCUAACCGGACGCACUACCAAAGGCAAGAAGCUGCACUACCCCAUCAUGGAGUACUACACCCCAACGACUUCGGGAGAGAAGAUGAGGGACUUUGCCAAGACUCUGAAGAACAAAUUCAGAUCAAAGCAGUACUUCACUAAACACCCUCAGAGAGGUUACCUGCCUGUUCAGUCUGUGCUGGAGGCUGACAGCUCAGAGACGCCUUGCUCGUCCCCUAAGCUGCCCCAUGCAGACAUGCACAGCAGGAUUGAGCAUUAUGCCAGCAGAUUGGCGGAGAUGGAGAACCAGAAUUGUUCCUUCUUCACAGACAGCCUUUCGCCUGAUGAAAGUCUAGAUGAAGAUCAGUACCUCCUGCGUCACCCCAGCCCAGCCUUGGACCACGACUCGCCCUGCGGGCAGCUCAUGCUGCUGUCUCACCUGGAGCACCAGGACAAGGAGCAGCUCCAGUGUACCCUGGCCCGCCUGGAGAAUGAAAACAGGGUACUUCAAAGCGAGUACCGGCGCCUCAAGUGGAAGCACGAGGAGGCAGCAUCGCUUCCCAUGCUGACGGAGGCCGGCGAGGGCGUGCCGGGCUCGCCGGUGGCGGGCGGCCAGCAGGACGAAGAGCUCCUGGCCGAGGCGCGUGUCCUGCGGCAGCACAAGUCGCGUCUAGAGACACGCAUGCAGAUCUUGGAGGACCACAACAAGCAGCUGGAGUCGCAGCUGCGCAGGCUGCGAGAGCUGCUUCUUCAGCCCAAAGAAGAUUCCGAAGCCAACGGGUCAGAACCGUCGACUUUAUCCUCGCCCGUGUCUGGAGGGGGACACCACGGGGGUGCGGCCAGCAGGGAGACCACUGACACGGAAGCCGCAGGUGAUGACAUAGAGCACGAGCAGGACACAGUGCUGCAGCUCCAGGAGGUCAUCGAGCAACUGAGAAACGUCUUCCCCUCCGAACCGGGUGAGGCACCACGUCACACAUCUAAACACAGCCUGAACGGACACUCACACGGCCCUCGGGCAGCAGGAGCUCCGCCUGGCCCGGUUCGGGUCCCGCUCCAGCGUCCACGGUGACCGCUGUGGUAGCUAAACCCUUAACUGGACCCCUGUGCACUAACAAGCCUUUUUAUCAUGCAAACUGCACAAGGCUGAUGUCUGUUGGGCCCAAGCGGCGCUCGCUGGUUGGCCGGCCGGCUAGUUGGCUAAGCUCCUCCGUAGCCUGCAGCUUGAAGCCGCGUCGGUCGGCCAAAGGUAAACCAGCGUCAGGGAGUUAGCCAAGUGGAGGAUGCUGUGUAUGUGUGUGUGUGUGCAUCUGCACAGAUGUUUCAAGGUGGGAAAGGUUUUCCCAGUGGUUCUCAAACUGGGGUGCUCUGACCCUCCUGGGGUACACGAGUUAUAGCUUGGGACAUACACAAUAGUUUGCAGACGAUCAUGCGUGUCAUCAUCAUUGUAUUCCCCUAUGAUUAGAGGGAAAGGCAUAUGAAUUAAAGUGAUUUUUUUUUCCCAAGAACAAAGGGCAUAUUUUUUAACAAUGUAGUUGUUUUAUUUUUAGAGGAUAAAGGUAUGUUUGCAGAAUAAAAUAUGCAACUUGAUUUUCAUUUGACAAAAAAUGACAUUCCUUGUUCACCUUUGACUUUGUCAUAAUACACACUUAUUUUGCAAAUAUGUUGUUUAAUUUUUAUAGGAUUAUGAGUUUUGAUCCCAACAAAAUAAAUAAUAAAUUGUUAAGAAAAUAAAUGUUUUUCCCCCAGAAAAUACCUGUUUAUCUACAGUAUAUUGAGUUUUAUUUUCUUAAGAAGACACAAGAAUAUUUUUUUUUUCCUUGAGAAAAUACAACUUAAAACGACUUUGUACUACUGAAGCGUACGACCCUUUUUUUCUUUGUGUGUCUGACAAGAGAUUGACAAUAAAGCUGACUUUGACUUCUUCUCAGAAAGAUUAGGACUUUUCCUCUUUGCGAACUAUUGUGAAAAUUACAUUUCGUUUCUUGAGAAAAUACAACUUUAUUGACUUUUUGGGGAGAAAAUAUUAAUUUUUCUCUGCUACUAUUUUUCUGAAGAUUACGAUUUAUUGUUCUUGAUAAAAUGCGACUAAACUACCUAUUAAUUUUUUAGAGAAUGACUUAAUUCUCAUAACAUUACAAUAUUCUUUCACUCCAACAAUCUGAAUUGAUUAUCCCGAACAAUUUAUUUCAGGUUUUUUUUUUCCUGAAUUAUUUUCCCCAAUAACGGGCAACUUCAAUCCAAUGUCAUUUAGGGUUUCACGUGGUUUCCUUUGUUUUGAUUGUGUGGCGGCCUUUCAAAAAAUGUCCUCACGAUCAGUCGUGUGUGGACCUCAAAGGUUUGAGACCCUUUACGAUAACUCGCCUUGUGUGAGAAAUCCAAAAAGCGAGGUUGCCCUGUCAUGUUUUCCUGGCGAAGCGUGCUGCGGUUGCUUAAUGCGGCUGCCCACUGUGCCCGCCGGCAUCUUGUUUACACUGUGCGAGUGACACGUCAUCAGUUCAAUCCAUGAUUUAUUUAUGCCAAAGUGCCCGUGAGCCCUACGCCUGUGUUUGCACACACCAUCGCUCUAAUCCUCUCCAAUCUUGUCACUGUCUUUCCGGUCAUCCCGUACCCGCCAAUUUGCAGCAUCCUUUCAUACGAUCGAUGGCGAGGCGCCGCUUCACCCGAGAUACAAAUGUCCCCUGUUAAAUGUGGUUUCACAUUGCUUUACAUUUUAUUGAAGUCACUUUUACAGAGGCAGCGGUUAUUCUUGUAAAAUUGUCCAAGUCAGUGGUUCUCAAAAUUUUUAUGGCGAGUGCCCCCUAAAAAAAUGUUCUUCCAAGUACCACCAUCAUAGCUAGGGCCUAACCAAUGAAUCGGUGGAUGGAUACUAAUAUGAGCUGAUAUGAGACCUUUUUAAAACAAUAUACGUAAAUUAAUAUGAUAUUAUAUAUUUUCAGAUGAAAUAAAGUGGACUGUUUACAAGAAUAAAGUUGUAUUUUAUCAAGAAAAAAAGCCCCAAACUUUCCAAAAAUAAAGUCAAAAAUUUAGUUUGCACCCGAUUUUAAAGUAAACAAUGCGCAACAAACCCACUAACCCUUCUCAAAUAAUUUUUUGUUGGGUUUACUAUAUCGAUUAAAAUCAUAAUCGUCUAGAAUGACAUCAAGAUUUUAUUUUUGGGCCAUAUCACCCAGCCCGUGUGUGGAUCCUUCAAAAAUCAAUUGAAGUUAAUUGAGAAUCAGUUUGUGUACAUAUGUGCUUGUGAUAUCAUUAUGAGAAGCUUGACUAAUAUGAUGACGGCUGACACAUUGAAUCCAUCCAUGUUGAUCGUUUGCCAUCUUUUGACCAUCGGGGAAAGAAGAUUACAUCACAAUCGUUUAUGUACUGUAAAAAUAUGCAUGAAGCCGUGAUGCUCGGGGAGCUCCUCUUGUGCAGAUCUGACAGACAAGCAAGAAAAAGCUUGGAGGAAAAAAAAAUCCCUCACUCAUGCUCUUUCAUAGGCUUGUCACAACACAAUCCACUGAUGCAAGUGUGGGAAAAAUAAAAUGCUGUUUCGACCCUUAAAACGUAGACUGUGACCUUGCUUGUUUACGUCAUUCUUUGACACCGACAUGUUCGUUGUGAUGAGGUUGCUAGGGAACAGCCCACAAGGAUGCAGCUGCACACAAAGGUGACGCGCUCCUCAUACAAAUGCUAAUAGUCGUAACGGGGCUGCGCUAAAGGCCGACUCUCUCCACCUGCCAGGCCUGCAGCUGUUUUGCUGCCGAGGAUUAUCGUAAUCAUUAAUGUUGUCAUUCAUUCCUAAUCUUGCCUUGAAAACACAAGAUGAGUUUGUUUUAUUUUUGUAUUGCACAGGAAUUAAAUAUCAUUUGAUAAAACAAGUUGUAAUCUUUAUGGGAGCAAAGAUUUUUUUUUAGCAACACUUACCACUGCGUGCGUCUGUAUUCGUGGGGGUAAAGAACACGCUACACAAAAUCUGGUGGCCAUGCUGUGAUGAAAACAAAAACCAAAUUGCUUUUUUUUUUUUGCCAUAAUACUGCUGGUAGAACACAUUAUUUUCAUUAACAUUAAUUGAAAACCAAUACUGCUAUUUCUCAUGCAAUGACUCAUUUAGGAAAAGCACAGUUUGUUUUGGAAAUCUUGCAAAAUUUUAGUGACAAUAUGCAUGCAUACUGCAUACACUUGUCAUUAUAUUCUGCCUCAUGUCUGUUGUUGUGAGUCCAAAUUGAAUCAGUCAAUCAUCUGUUCUACCUUAACACACUAGUUUACACUAAUAAUGUGUUGCAAUUGUUACAUCACCAUGGAUUUACCUCAUUAAUCAUUUCAAUGUAUUUGUUUAAUGGGUUUAACAAUCUUUUGGGAGUGUGUA